AUGUCUCUGGGUGCGCGGUUGGCACACGCUUCCCGGCCCGUCCUUUCCCCGCCUGCCUGCCUGCCUGCCCGCCCGCCCGAGGGCUCCUGCACGGGCGUGUCGGGACUCGGGCUUGGGGCGCUGGCUCGGCGGCGGUUGCUCGCUGCUGCGCGUGGAGAGCUCUUUUGCUUCUCUCCCGUCCCGUCGCAGCCGCCGCCGCCGCCGCCGCGAUCAGCCUCGUGCGCUCUCCUGGCCCGAGCUCGGUCACCCAGCUACCCCGCGCACUGCAGCCCCGCAAGCAGCCGAGAUGCGCGGUGGGGCGGGCUGCGGGGGCUGCGCACGCCUGCUGGGCGCAGCCUGACCCCCCCUGCCCUCCCCCAGGGCAAGAUUGCCCUGCCCAGACAGCGCUGCCGCAUCAGCCUCGCUUGCAACUUCAGGACCCGGGUGGGAUGGGGGCCGGAGGAGGAGGAGGACCUGUCCACAUGGAGCUCCGAGGAGAUCCGGGGAGCCCGCCGCUGCCUUCGCCAACAAGUCGCCCUCGACGACGUCUCUUCGCGAACCAGCUGCCCUGGUGAAGGAGGGGAGGAGGGAAGCUUCAGCCAGAGCAGCCAGCGGCUGGUGGAGGCGAAACUCUCGACAGCCAGGAUGGGACAAACCCUGCUCCUUUGGCUCUGCCCCUUGCUUCUCCUCAGCCUCUGGAUCCAAAGCUCUCUCUCUAAUGAAAUCCUGGGCCUGAAGUUGCCACUGGAGCCUGUGCUGAAUGCCAAUACAGUUUGCCUGACCUUGCCUGGCCUGACACGGCGACAAUUGGAGGUGUGUGUGCGGAAUCCCGAUGUGACGGCUUCUGCCAUUCAAGGCAUCCAGAUCGCCAUCCAUGAGUGCCAGCACCAGUUCCGUGAUCAGCGCUGGAAUUGCUCGAGCCUGGAGACCAAGAACAAGAUCCCCUAUGAAAGCAUCAUCUUCAGCAGAGGUUUCCGGGAAAGUGCUUUUGCCUACGCCAUUGCAGCUGCAGGAGUGGUCCAUGCUGUCUCCAACGCAUGCUCCCUGGGCAAGUUGCAGUCUUGUGGCUGUGAUCAGAAGCGUCGAGGGGAUGAGGAGGCUUUCCGCCUCAAACUGCAUCGACUCCAGCUGGAGGCCAUGAACCGAGGCAAGGGCAUGAUGCAUGGAGUGCAUUUGGAGCACAUGCCAGCUGAGGCCCCGGGCCUGCAGGACUCCUGGGAGUGGGGGGGCUGCAGCCCUGAUGUGGACUAUGGGGAGAAAUUUUCCAGGGACUUCCUAGAUUCCCGGGAGACCUACCGAGACAUCCACUCCCGCAUGAGGCUCCACAACAACCGCGUUGGCCGCCAGGUGGUGAUGGAGAACAUGCGGAGGAAAUGCAAAUGCCACGGCACCUCCGGGAGCUGCCAGCUGAAGACGUGUUGGCAGGUGACCCCCGAGUUCCGGCUGGUGGGCUCCCUGCUCAAGGAGCGCUUCUAUGGGGCUAUGCUGAUCCGACCCCACAACAGGAACACGGGGCAGAUGGAACUGGGACACGGCCGCCACCGGCGUCGGGCCGGCAUCAGCGACCUGAUCUACUUUGAGAAAUCGCCGGACUUCUGCGAGAGGGAACCGGCCCUGGACUCCAUGGGGACGCAGGGGCGCCUGUGCAACAAGACCAGCCCAGGCAUGGAUAACUGCGAGAGCCUGUGUUGCGGGCGAGGGCACAAUAUCCUGCAGCAGACGCGCAGCGAGCGCUGCAACUGCAAGUUCCACUGGUGCUGUUUCGUGGCUUGCGAAGAGUGCCGGCGGACGGAGUUGGUCAGUGUCUGCAAAUGAGGGCUGUGGCCCCCACCGGACACUCCCAAAACGCCACCAUAAGACUUUGUGGCACGGCAGGAUGGAGGCCUGCACCAUCCGGAGGCUCGGUUUGGGCAGCUGGGCACGUUAGCAUUUCACGUCUCCCUGGUGCUUCCAUUCCUCGUUUCUGAUCUGUGCACGAGCACAGGAUGCCAAGGAGUCUAAUUUUACAGACAUAUGUGUGGCCUUGCCUCUCCAAAGAGCUGCACCCCAGCAAGCUGGCUGGAGUCUGUGACACUAGCUCCAGUUGUUUCUGGCCAUUGGCAACUUCAGCUGUGAUGUUAUGGUCUAUGAACCAUCUCUCUAGGUUCCUCAUGCAGAAGCUCACUCAAAAUGACAUGCCCUGCAAAGCCCACCCUGGGAUCAUUCAGGUUGCAGGCAAGCCAACAGACCAAAAUACCUGCUUUUCCUUUUCCUUUUUUUAACUUGGGCUGAAGCUGCCCCAUUCAAAGUCAGAUGGUCUCAAGACCCAUCUGGGCUGCCAUGAGUACUUUUAUUGUUCAGGGGCACAAAAAUUAAAAUGCAGAGUUUGUUUAAAAAAAUGUUUCUAACAAGAGAUUGAAGGGUGGGAGUGCAGACAUCUCUAGCAACCCAUCAUGCAAGUGCCAUUGGCAUUUAGGGCAGUUACUGUGGUUGGUAAGUUAUUUUAUUAUUGUGAAAAUAAAA